AUGAAUAAAGAAGAAAAGAUAUUAACGUUUAAUGUUAAAGAACAACCAUUAUCCAUUUUAUUACCACCUAUAUCAAUGGCUCGAAUGAGUACUACAACAUUAGAAUUAACAGAUGUAAAUGGAAAUAUAAAUCAUACUCCAAAUGAAAAUAUAUCAAUGAUAAAAACAUCAACUGUAAAUCUUACUAGUAGUGAAGAUGAUAGUACCGAUAAUACUAUAUUGAAAACAAAAUCAUUUUUUAAACGUUAUAUAGAACAUUUAAAACUUGUAUUUCAAUCUAUAGUACCUGAUUUAAAAUCAUUUAAUUGGUGGCAAGCUUUACUACUUAUUUUAUUUGCUACAUUUAAUGUAGUUUUUUCUAUUUUGGAUUUUAAUUCAUUUUUUCCAAAUAAACAAACAUAUUCAAUAUUAAAAUGGACAAAUGAUUUGAUGGAUGAUGUACCAUUAUGGCGUCGUAUUUUAUUAUGUUUAUCUGGUUUUGCAGCAUUUACUAAUGUACUUAAUGUUGUUUUAGUUAUACGUGGUAAAAUUUCAUCAUUUUUUUGGGGUAUUAUAGGUGCUAUUAUAUAUGGAAUAUUUUCAUUUGCAUAUGGUUAUGUUGGUGAUGCACAAUUAUAUACAUUAUUUUUUUUACCAAUGCAAUUUAUUGGUAUAUAUAUGUGGUCAAAAGAAUUAGAUAAUCAAUCAACAACACAUGUUAAAUCAUUAAAAUUAUUUGGAUGGAUAUUUAUUAUUAUACUUUGUUUAGGUUUAGGUGUUAUAUUUUUUUAUGAAAUACCAGCUUUUUCAAAACUUUUAACAUCACAUUAUUUAUUUCAAACAAUGUUAUUACCACAUAUACUUGAUGCAUUAACAAAUACAUUAAGUGUUAUUGGACAAUUUUUACUUAUAUUUUGUUAUUGGGAACAAUAUAUAAUGUGGAUUAUUGUGAAUAUUAUAUCUAUUAUUAUGUAUAGUGGUCUUCUUGGAACAGAACUUAAUAUCAAUGUAUUACUUGUUAUGAUUAUGUUAUGUAUUAAUUCUAUAGUUGGUUUAUAUACAUGGUUUCGUCGAUGGAAAAAUUCGAAUAGAACUGUAAAAAUGUAA